AUGAGUGAUGACAAGCACAACAACAACAACACUUGUUCAUUAUUGAAUUUUGAGGCGAUUAAGAGUAAUGCUUAUAUAUUUUCUUUGGCAGGACAUGAAACAACUGCAACAACACUUCAAUGGAUCACCUAUCGAAUCGCCAAACACAGAGAUAUUCAAGAAAAGAUACGAAAAGAAGUGUUCGAAGUAUUUGGACCUCACCCAAGACCUAUUACAUUUGAAGAUUAUGAAAAACUCAUUUAUACCAAUUCUGUCAUUAUGGAAACACUCCGAUUACAUAAUCCAGUACCAGGAGUCCUCAAAGUUGCCACUAAAGAUGUCACACUCGGAGGUUUCAAAAUACCAAAAGGAACGGAUGUCAUUAUUAGCAUUUCUGCCGUUUGUCAUGCAGAAAAGAAUUGGAAAAACGCACUCGAAUUCAAUCCUGAUCGUUUUUUGGGCUCAUUCGAAACUCAACUACGAUUUCAACAUUCCUUUGAAUGGAUUCCUUUCAUGAUUGGAAAUCGAAGAUGUUUGGGAUACAAAUUUUCAUUGUUGGAAACUUGUGCCAUUCUUGCCAAACUUGUUCACUCAUUUGAAUUUGAACUUCUUAAUGAUGAAAAUAAUCCCAAAGAUGUCAUUACGAGAAUUCCUGGCAUUACCACACGACCUGGAAAUUUGAGAGUGAAAGCAAAACUAAGGAGCCCUUCUCAUGUCCACAGUCACUAG